UUUAAAAAAGAAAAGUGCAUUUCUCUUUUCUAUGGAUAUGCAUUUAGUGCGCAAUGCAUCAGUGCGUGUGUGUUCUUGCAUCUCAGGAUGAAGCUGAUCCUGCAGCGACGACAAUAACGUGAACCUGUCGCGUGCAGCGCGGAUGCGAGAACUUUACAGCGCGCGCUGCGAUGUUAUCCCGUUUAUUAUAAGGAUGAAAUCGCCGAAAUAAUCAGAAGAAAGAAAGUCAUUCACAUCUGGAAUAGAAUGAGGGUUCAUGCUGUAUGUCCUUGGACUGAAAAAAGUACCUAUUUUAAUAUGGGCCAAUCAGAUGGAGUCAACGAAACAGAAGACGUGGUCAAUGAUGGCAAUCAAGAGACAAUCUGGCAUGAAGGCAACUUGGUUAAUGACAGCAAUCCUUACAAACCCACCUUUGUGGAUGACAUCACCAAGCACCCGAGUGUUCAGAUUCCUCUUAUAUUAGCAUACUCGCUUAUAAUCCUGCUAGGAUUUGUGGGCAACACCCUGGUCAUUUAUAUGAUCAUUCUGUACAGAAACAUGCGCUCGGUCACCAACUACUUCAUUGCAAAUCUCGCUUUGGCCGACUUAAUGGUGGACACAGUGUGCUUGCCUUUCACGCUGGUAUAUACAUUGGUGGACGAAUGGAAGUUUGGUGCCAUAAUGUGUCAUAUGGUGCCUUACAGCCAAGCUCUGAGCAUCCAUGUGUCCAUUCUUACUCUAACAGUCAUUGCUCUAGAGCGCUAUAGGUGUAUCGUCUUCCAUCUUGGCGAACGCCUCAACCGAUGCACUAGUUUUAUCAUCAUAGGCCUGAUUUGGGCAUUCGCUGCCAUACUAGCUGGCCCGUUGGCUAUUUUUCGUGAGUAUCGCCAUGAAGAGAUCCCAUACAUUGGCUUAAGGAUCGCGGUUUGCUCUGAGAAAUGGCCCAAUGGAACCAAUCGUGAUCCGAUCAUCUAUAGUAUAUCAAUGCUUCUAUUGCAGUACAUAGUACCAUUGGCGAUCAUCAGCUAUGCUUAUGUGUGUAUCUGGAUUAAACUGAAGAACCAUGUCAGCCCUUCUAACCGCAAUGAUGGUAUCAUGCGUCGCAAAAAGACCACGAAGAUGCUGGCGCUGGUAGUUGUGGUCUUUGCUGUCUGCUGGCUUCCCUUUCAUGUGUUUCAGCUGGCUAGUGAUCUGGACUUGGUUCUGAAGUUUAAAGAGUACAAACUCAUCUAUACCUUGUUUCACAUCGUAGCGAUGUGCUCAACCUUUGUCAAUCCGUUGCUCUACGGUUGGAUGAACCAGAACUACAGGAAUGGUUUUCUCAUGUUUUUCCGCUGUGAACACAAACCAGACAGCAUCUACCCUGAUGGGUCCUUCAGAACUCGAUCAUUGAGAGGGAUGAUUGUGAAUGGGCACAAUGGUGGUCAGCCAGCGACUGCUGUCUGAGUUGAGAAUGAAUACUUCUCUUACUAACUCUUUAGUAAACAGUAUGUACACUCACUGAGCACUUUAUUAGGAACACUAUGGUACAAAUAAAGUGCACGACAUUGUCUUCUGCUGUUGUAGCCCAUUUGCCUCAAGGUUCGACGUGUCGUGCAUUCUGAGACGCUAUUCUGCUCACUACAUUUGUACAGAGGGGUUAUCUGAGUUACCGUAGCCUUUCUGUCAGCUCGAACCAGUCUGGCCAUUCUUUGUUGACCUCUCUCAUCAACAAGGUGUUUCUGUCCGCAGAACUGCCACUCACUGGAUGUUUUUUGUUUUUGGCAUCAUUCUGAGUAAACUCUAGAGACUGUAGUGUGUGAAAAUCCCAGGAGAUCAGCAGUUACACAAAUACUCAAAACAGCCUGUCUGGCACCAACAAUCAUGCCAUGGACGAAAUCACUGUGAUCAAAUUUUUUCCCCAUUCUGAUGGUUGAUGUGAACAUAAACUGAAGCUCCUGACCAGUAUCUGCAUGAUUUUAUGAACUGCACUGCUGCCACACGAUUGGCUGAUUAGAUAAUCGCAUGAAUAAGUAGGUGUACAGGUGUUCCUAAUAAAGUGCUCAGUGAGUGUAUACUUUGCAUAGUAUGCAAAUAUUUUAUAAACUAACGACCCGAAUUGCCUAUUACAAUUGCCAAAAUGGGGCAGUAUACAACGGAGAAAACUGUUUGAGAUCCCAGCCACAUGAAAUUCUCAUUAAAAUUACGUGACUGUUGCAGUAUUUUUGCAAAAUUACAUCACGUGGUUCAACAGACUAUCAUGGCAGUUCCAAGGUCAAAUGUCCACUGUGUGGCACUAAAGUGAGUUAAAUGUUCUCCCAGACAGAUGAGGUUUUUAAGGUUAAUGCUCUCUACCCUAAACAUAAACUUAACCGAUAUUGUCAUAAAAGCAAAUGUGAGAUGAAAAAUGCAAAUGUUUACAUAAUUUUGUUGUGCUUCUAUGACAUUUUAGGCUAACAUGUCAACUUGCAAACUCUUCUGAACUCAUACCCUGGUCCUUCGCGUUGCAAGCACAAUGCUCAAUCAGUUGAGCUAUCGCACUAGUAUAAGCUGGUAAAUGUAGUUGGUUCUGUAAUGCAAUGUUAUAAUGUUUUGCCUUAAAGUCAGGAGAAACAGAGCGAAAAGUAUGUGUUUAUAAACUGAUAAUCUGUCGUUUUAGGCCGGCCGUACACGGUGCGAUUUUUGCCUGCCGUGCAAACUCCUUGAUUCUUUCCAGUCUGGAGAAAUUGCGUGGAAUCGGUGGUGCUUGUGUGGUUGCGGCUCGUAUCGUGCAAGCGGUAUUACAGAGCAAAGCGGCUUACUAGCAGCUUACAAAUCCCGAACAUUUUCGAAAAAUUUGGUCACUGUCGGCUUGAAUUUGUGAGGUGUGUGCGGUUGAACGAGCCGAUUUGACAAUCUACCUAAAGUUGACCAAUCAGAAGGCAACACAAACCACAGAAGAAUGAACUUUGACUGUUGUAGUGAACCCUUUAUGAUGUGUCAUGCAAUGUCUACCAUGACAGGGUCGUCAGAGACAAUAUUUUUAAGAGGAUCACUCGAGCUACAGCUUUCAGGUGAGUUGUAGUGCGUUUUAGCUAGCUACCUGUGCUGUUUGCAAUUUCUACAGCGUUUUUAAUUCAUUCAGACACAGCCUAGCAAGGUGGAUCAUGUUGAUUAUUGGAACGCUGGUAAAAUUUAAUGUUAAUGUUUGUUUUCUGUUAAUUGCUUAUGUAGUGGAUAAUGUAACAGUACUCUUCAGGUACCUUCACUUACGACCUCCGAGUAUCAGAACUCACACCGUGUACACCCGGCCUUACACUUGAUUUGUGUGAAAGUGAAUGAAAAUCAUUGUUGUUUUAGCACCUCUUGUGUUAAUUUCACCAGAAAACUGUCACGAUAUGUACAAGUUUUUGCAAAAAUGUAGGUAUAGAAUCUUGAUUCUAUGAAACCAUGUUGUGGGAUCCUGUAUCUCACAAUGCAAUGUGCUUGAGUGUGAAAAGUGAACCGGAAGUAGCUAAAUACCAGCCAAGAUUUCGUUCACACAAACAUUUAAAUUCUGUCAUCAUUUACUUUUUAUGUUUUUCCAAACCCAUACGACCUUUAUCAUACAUAUAAAAUUGGCAUACAAUGAAAGGGUUACUGAGGCUAAAAUUAUGCCUAGCAUCAUUUGUGUUCCACGGAUGGGUUUGGAACAACAUGAGGGUGAGUAAAUAAUGACAGAACUUUCAUUUUUGUAUGUACUAUCCCUUUCUUGACUGAAAGAAUAAAGAUGUUUAUAUAAUAUUUGGUAAAAAAAAAAAAAAUUCUGUUUUAUUUGCGAGAAAAAUGGAUGCCACUUGCGACACAUUGCUUGAAAAGUUUAUUGUUGCAUAAUGCAUUCUGUUUCGCAUACUAUUUUUAAAAUGUAGUACUAGGUAGUGUGCAUACUAAUUGCAUCCAGUACACAACACUGUGUGCUCUGUUGUUCAAUGCACAUUUCAGCUUUUGUGGUAGGUCUUCAAAAUAUAGGCAUAAUUUUUAUAAUAUGCAGAGUAUACAUACUAAAUACUGCAGAAAUAGGACUAGCAUGGUAGUAUCAAUGACUGGUGCAUCUAAACAUUAAACCAAUUAAUGGCUUUAUUAUUUCAUCACAUUGCCAGUUUGGUGGUAAGUUUAAAUGUUCAAGUAAGUGGCAUUCCUUAGGACCAAAUCGAUUUUGUGAUUUGUCAAAGGUAAAAAUGUCUUGCAUGUGUUGUUCUUUGUGAAUAUUACUGAUUGCAUUUGGUAUGAAGCCUAUAAUGUACUUUGUAUGCAAUGCUUUAGUGAAACUAUAGAAUCAUUUGGUUGUUGCAUUUAUAAUUUUGCUGUGUUGAUGUGAAAUAAAACAUUGCUUUUGAAUAUUACAUGUUUUACACAUUUAUUUGCUGAUCUGAUCUCAGAAAACUAAAAUGGACUGGAGCUAGGCUGAUUACGUGAAUAAACCCAAUAUCUGUUUUGUGCUUUAUAAAAGCUACAAAUCUAUCAUAGUGCAGAUAAAGCUUUGAUAGCAAAGAAAAAAAAGAAAAAUUACCUGCAUCACAUCAACAUUUGGCUGAGGUGGUUAUGAAAACAAAACAACAACAUCCACAAUGCACCUGCUGCAUUAUUCAUCACCACUGCACAACUAAAUGAUUUUCAUACUGUAAUCACUUUUUUCUGUGCAAUGCAAAGGGGGAAAGCUAAAAUAAACCUUUGAGAAUAUGUAUAUUAUGCUGUAGCACAAACCUUGUGUG